AUGGCAGUACCAGCAACCCACGUUGCGCCCUUACCAUCGACAUCGAACACUGGUACACCGCAAUACCCACCUCUUCCGGGCGUCUCUGUCCAUCCGUUUCGGCAUCCACCAGAACAACCGUUUCCUGAUAUCGGGGCUUCGGCGAAGUGGACUGUGAGCAGCUAUAAAUUCGGCUUUGGCCCGGAAUGCCUAGGCGAUCUAGACCCAGAUACGUUCUGGCAUUCAGAUGGGCCACAACCACAUUAUGUGACAGUCGAAUUUCCAAGGAAGUUGCCGAUACAGAAGAUCUCCAUAUACCUCUCUUACUCCCUCGACGACUCGUACACGCCCGCUGCGAUAUCCGUACGAGCAGGAACUGGCCCUGGUGACAUGCAAGAGACGAGAGUCGUCACGUUCGAUAAACCGGAUGGGUGGAUUACAUUUGACGUCUGUGCGGAAUUGUCGGACGACGGCGAGAGCUUUCGACCUAUACAUGCAUAUGUUCUGCAGGUGGUAGUUCUAGGUAACCAUAUGAACGGGAAGGACACCCACGUCAGAGGAAUGAUGGUGCACGGUCCGCCAGAAGACAAUACGUCUUGGGACGAUCCGUUUCCGUGGAAGAAUGAUCACUUCAAGUGGUAUGAACAGAUUCGAUGA